AUGUUGGACCUAUUUGUGGAGGCGACUCUGGAGGACCUUUGGUUGUUAUCACUCCUAACUUUAACCCCGUUCGCAAUGUUCACUCAGUGGAUUCUUUUGAUCUCAAGCUUUAUCCUGGCGGCUUCUGAAAGGACUCCUGAGAGGAUUGUGGGAGGCUACUCGGUGCCCAUUUCCUCAGUUCCUUGGCAGGCUUCUCUCCAGAAAUUUGGAACGCAUAAGUGCGGUGCUGCGAUCUAUAGUGACCAGAUCCUUAUAACAGCUGCACACUGCAUUCCGCGAAGAUAUUUCGGAUACUCGGUGAGAGUUGGCGCUACGAAUAGGAACUUUGGAGGCCAAGUGGCCAGAAUAGCAAACAUCAUUGCUCACGAAGGCUAUCGUCGAUUACCAUUCGGAGCUAUCAACGAUGUUGCCGUGAUUCGACUGAAGACCAGACUCCAGAUGGAUGACACUGUUCGUCCCAUUCCUUUGGCAGAUAGUACCCCCGUAAUGGGAUCUUCCGCCUCGGUUUCUGGAUGGGGAAGUGUUGGAUAUAAUCAGCAUGAAUCCGACAUUUUACUAGAGACCACGGUGGCCAUAGCAGAUUGGAAUUCCUGCCGGUAUUCCUACAGACAUUUGAUUGACAUAACCAAGGAUAUGAUUUGUGCUGCAGGCCCGGGAAAAGAUUCGUGUUAUGCUGAUUCUGGAGGUCCCCUGGUGUCCGAUGGUAAACUUGUUGGCAUAGUAAGCUUUGGAGAGGGUUGUGCUAAUCCCGAUUAUCCUGGAGUCUAUGCUAAUGUGGCUGAAUAUAAACCCUGGAUCCUAAAUGCUAUUCAAAGAAUUUAGGGGCUAAAGAAGUGGCUAAUUAGCUUCAAAAAUAAAACUGGAAUAAAAGAAUGUA